AGCACGUACUAAGCUAGUCGAUCUCAAGUAUCAAAGUUAUCUGCAGAAAGCUUCUGAUUUUCAAGUACAGGUACAAAAAUGAGUCAGGAACCGCCGAGGAGGACUCAGAAGGAAAAAGAACCCAUCAAGUACGGCGACAUUUUCAACGUCUCCGGCGACCUGGCAUCCAAAACGGUGGCGCCACAAGAUGCUGCGAUGAUGCAGACUGCUGAAAGCAUGGUGUUGGGUCAGACUCAGAAGGGCGGUCCGGCCGCCGUCAUGCAAUCGGCCGCUACCCAAAACGAAAGAGCUGGCCUGGUCCGUCACGAUGAGGCUACUGAUGUAGCUGGAAAUGAAGGUGUCACUGUUACAGAGACUGAUGUCCCUGGAAGGCGAAUAAUCACUGAAUCAGUUGGUGGACAGGUUAUUGGCCAGUAUGUGAAGCCAGUACCGGUUGCACAGCAAGCAGCUGUAGGAGGCUACAAGCAGCAGAAUACAAUAAGUAUAGGGGAGGCACUGGAGGCCUCGGCCCAAACGGCUGGAGAUAGGCCAUUGGAUCUGAGUGAUGCCGCGGCAAUUCAGGCAGCAGAGGUGAGAGCAACAGGCAGCAAUGUCAUAGUUCCAGGAGGCUUGGCUGCCACGGCUCAAUCCGCUGCAGCCCACAAUGCUUCAACUGACAGGGAGCAAGACAAGAUUAAGGUUUCUGAUGUGCUGUCGGGUGCGACUGCCAAGUUACCUGCGGAUAAGGCGGCAACUAUGGAGGAUGCUCAAGGAGUGGUGGGUGCUGAGAUGAGGAACAACCCCGACAUGGUGUUACGUCCAGGUGGGGUGGCUGCUUCUGUUAAUGCAGCUGCCAGGCUCAAAGAAAAUAUGAACGUGAAUACCUAGUAGUUUUUUUCGAAGAAGUGAAUACUUAGUUCGUACUGUUCAGGAAUGUCUUGUUUUGUUGGUGUUUUGUGUAUAUGCAUGAACUUGGGGGUUCAUCGUGCACUGGGAAGGCUAGUACCAUAACCGGGUAUCUGGUGUACGUUUUCUUUGAACUUCCCCAACAAUGUAGAAUAUGCUAAAAGCUGGCUUGCUCUUUGUAUAUAUUUUCUUAUGUUUUGUUUGAACU